AUGUUUGUUCUGGGUCUGAUCACCUGUGUCGUGCUGAGAGCAUUCAGUGCUCAGGCAUUAGUGGUCGAUAGCUUUGAUGAGUGUGUAUGGCAUUUCUACAGACACACAGAACCAAGCGGAAUGGAUCCAGAUGCCAUGAAAAUCUGCCAGAAGCUGCAAAAUGAAGAAUAUGAUUACACUGAUUGGUACUCGAGCUUAUAUUAUGCUACUCUGUACUCGGUUCAUCACAAGAUCCCUCUCUACAGCGCCUACACAUUGGACCCUAGAUGCUCAAUCGACACUGGAGGAUCAAACAUCUGGCACCUCGAGCCACAGAUUUCCCAACCUCGAUCACCAAUUGAUCAUAUGGUCCGUGAGAAUCAAAAUAAUAAAUACCUUUAUAAAAGAAAUCAAGCCAUCAGCAGUGACUACAGUGGCACCGGAUAUGAUCGUGGACACCUGAACCCCAACAGCUUCCAAUGCGGAGACGGCCGUACAGCAACAUACACACUGACCAACGCUGCACCUAUGAAAGAGCGUUUCAACCGUGUCCACUGGAAGAGUUGGGAGAGCACGCUGAGGAGAUUCUUAAAAGGCAUGCUUGACAGGGAUCGUGCUUUUUCAACAGCCUACAUUGUCACAGGUACAGUACCUGAUCCCAAUGUACGGAUACCACAGAGGGGAACCCCUGGAGAUCGUUUUAGGGUGUCAGUGCCCUCUCACAUCUGGACGGCCGUCUGUUAUGAACACGACACUGAUGACAGAAAGUCAUUUUCCUUUGGCUACAUUGGAAGAAACCACCCAGAAGAGCCUGGCAUAACCCUGAUGAGUGUCUCAGACCUGAAUGAUCAGCUCAGCGGGCUCUACAGUGAGCUCUCAUGGACCCAGCAGUCAAUUGAGAUUUUUGUUGAUGAUUGUUUUGGUUACAAUAAUAAAUUAGUUGAAGUUCAUGGCGCGUUUCAGAAAUUAAUUAAUAUAAGCCCAGGCAUCAGCCUCACUGAUAAUGGACAGAUGUGCUUGUAUGAUCACCCCUGUGCCACAUAUGGCUAUGACUACUACUGGUGUAAGACUAGCCUUGGUUACAUUAAAGAUGACUGGGAUUACUGCACUGAGGCGCAGUAAAGCUAAAAAUGGAAAGUAGUGCCGCAGCAAUCAUGCCUGUGCCAAAUGUUGUAAAUACAAGCCAUGGUGCUACACGGAUGAUGAAGGCAAUUAUGUGCUGUACUUCUAAUGAUUGCUAUUCAUCUGUUAAUCACAAAACCUGCAGGCCUGAUCACCUCUGUGACUACCAUAAUAAAGAUUACCUGUGGUGCUUCACAGAUAGAGAAGGCAACUGGGAUUAUUGUUGCA